AUGGCUGUAAAGUUGAAGUGGCCUUGGUUAGGGGUUGCUAUUCCGACGUUUCUGAUAUCAUUUAUAGGCUAUGGCGCGCACUACUUUAUUUUAUCCAAUUUCUUGUCGGUAACGAAACAAAUAAUAUUUGAAAUAUCUUUGUCAAUGAUAUGGCUUUCUUAUUAUUUGGCCAUCUACACAAAUCCAGGAAGGCCUUCCCCCAACUAUAAACCAACCCCUGAUAUAUGGCCGAAUUUCUGUAAGAAGUGCCAAAAUUAUAAGCCAGAACGUUCCCAUCAUUGUAAAACCUGCAACCAAUGCGUCUUAAUGAUGGAUCAUCAUUGCCCAUGGACAAUGAAUUGUGUCGGCUUUGGAAACUAUCCGCAUUUCCUAAGAUUCUUAUUUUGGAUCAUUGUAACGACCAGUGUUUUAUUUUGCAUACAAGGUAAACGAAUAUACUUUAUUUGGCAACAGAGGCACUUGCCUGGCUACUUCUUCAAAAAAUCAGAGCUAAUUUUCUUAACGAUAUUGACUCCCUUAAAUUCUUUUGUCCUAUUAACGAUAGCAGUUCUUUUCUUACGAUGCUUAUUGAAUCAAAUAGUAAACGGAAGAUCUCAAAUUGAGUCGUGGGACAUUGAUCGGCUAGAAUCUCUAUUCGACUCCAGAAGAUUAAUCCCAAAAUUAAUUGAUAAUGCUUGGAGAAUCUACCCAGAGUCGAGGUGUCUUCAACACGAAAGAGAUGCCGAAGAACUUCUGGCGCAACAAAGACCCCGCUUUGACGAACUUGUGAAUUUCCCCUACGAUUUUGAUGUGUACGCUAAUGCAAUAUUGUACCUCGGCCCCAUGUAUUUAUGGUUAUGGCCGUAUGGUGUUCCUACAGGGGAUGGAAACAGUUUUCCAAAGAACGAUAUCUCCAAAUAUGAGGUUAACUCUCCAUUAGAAGAUAUUAUUCUCUCACUUCCCUGGCCGCCAGAUGGAGGCAAAACAAACACCCUCUCUAACCAUGGCAGUUCAACAAUAGAGACGUGUAAUGAAAGUGGCGAACAGGUAAUAAGAAGCAGACUUGUUCAAAAUGGCAGGCCUUCUUCUCGUGAAAAGUGGUACAACGACUGGGGAGAAUCACUAGACGAUUUUGGAGUCGACGUUGAUAUGGAAUAG